AGGCGUUCCUUCUUUGAAUCCCGGUAUCAGUUCUUCUCACUUGUCAUUCCCUCGCAGGCGGUCGUUGUUUUCUGUUUUCUCUCGACUAGAGGCUUCGAACGCCAUGGAUGAAGAAUACGACGUGAUCGUGCUGGGGACGGGCCUCAAGGAAUGCAUCCUAAGCGGUCUUUUGUCAGUCGACCGUCUGAAGGUCCUGCACAUGGAUAGAAAUGACUACUACGGAGGAGAAUCAACGUCACUUAAUCUCAUUCAACUCUGGAAGAGGUUUAGGGGAAAUGACAAGCCACCAGAAACUCUGGGAUCUAGCAAGGAGUAUAAUGUUGACAUGGUCCCCAAGUUUAUGAUGGCCAAUGGUGCUUUGGUGCGAGCUCUUAUCCACACUGAUGUAACCAAAUAUCUAAGCUUCAAGGCUGUUGAUGGUAGUUUUGUGUACAAUAAAGGAAAGAUAUAUAAGGUGCCGGCUACAGAUGUAGAGGCAUUGAAAUCUCCAUUGAUGGGACUCUUUGAAAAGCGCCGUGCUAGGAAAUUUUUUGUUUAUGUUCAAGACUAUGAAGAGAACAAUCCAACAACACAUGAUGGAUUGGACCUCAAAACAGUGACGACAAAAGAACUCAUUGAAAAAUUUGGAUUAGAUGAAAACACAGUUGACUUUAUUGGUCAUGCUUUGGCACUUCAUAGGGAUGAUGACUACCAAAAUCAGCCUGCAUUAGAUACUGUUAAAAGAAUGAAGCUUUAUGCAGAAUCUUUGGCACGCUUUCAAGGGGGUUCACCUUACAUUUAUCCUCUGUAUGGACUGGGAGAGCUUCCCCAGGCAUUUGCUCGUCUAAGUGCUGUGUAUGGGGGAACCUACAUGUUGAACAAGCCUGAGUGCAAGGUGGAAUUUGAUGGAAGUGGAAAGGCUUUUGGCGUGACAUCUGAAGGUGAAACUGCUAAGUGCAAGAAAGUUGUAUGCGAUCCAUCUUAUUUACCAAACAAGGUUAAAAAAGUUGGGAAGGUUGCCCGGGCUAUUUGUAUAAUGAAUCAUCCCAUUCCAAACACAAAUGAUUCACACUCAGUACAAGUUAUUCUGCCUCAGAAACAGCUUGAACGCAAAUCAGACAUGUAUCUCUUCUGUUGCUCCUACUCUCACAACAUAGCACCAAAAGGAAAAUACAUUGCUUUUGUUUCCACGGAAGCUGAGACUGACAAUCCAGAGACAGAACUAAAGCCUGGCAUUGAUCUUCUUGGGCCAGUUGAGGAGACCUUUUUUGAUACUUAUGACAGAUAUGAACCUGCUAAUGACUCUGGUAGCGAUCAUUGCUUCAUAUCCACUAGCUAUGAUGCAACAACACACUUUGAGUCAACAAUGCACGAUGUACUCAAGAUGUACACUGAGAUAACUGGAAAGGUGCUUGAUCUAUCUGUGGAUCUGAGUGCUGCUAGUGCUGCUGAAGAGUGAGCUUAGAAGCGUCUGUUGAACCUCUUCAUCCAGCGCAUCAGCUUAUUACUGGCACAGCUGUCCUAGAGCUUCAGUUGUUUUUCUCCGGAACUUUAAUCCAUCUUUUUGGCUUGAAAUUAUAUAAUUUCUAUAUCUUAGUAAGCACAUCCAUAAUGAACUUUGAAUGACGGCUCCUGAACGGAUGCCUACACGAUUGCUUCUCUCGGAUUUUGUAUUUUUUCAUGGCCGUCUAAUAAUAAUUAGAUGAUUGCA